GCCGAGGAUGCCGGGGUGCGGCGGCGGCCCGGGGCGACCCGGCUGAGCCGGGGGCGGGACGGGGCGCCGGCGGGGCCAUGCUGAGCCGGAGCAAGUUCACCAGCCUGGUGGUGGGGGUGUUCGCGGUGUACGUGGCGCACACGUGCUGGGUCAUGUAUGGCAUCGUCUACACCCGGCCCUGCCCCGCCUCCGCCGCUGCCUGCAUCUGGCCCUACCUGGCGCGGCGGCCCAAGCUGCAGUUGAGUGUGUAUACCACUACACGGUCAAACAUUGGUGCUGAGAGUAAUAUAGAUCUUGUUUUGAAUGUGGAAGAUUUUGAUCUUGAAUCCAAAUUUGAAAGAACAGUCAAUGUCUCUGUACCAAAGAAAACUCGAAAUAAUGGCACAUUGUAUGCAUACAUAUUUCUUCACCAUGCUGGCAUUCUGCCUUGGCACGAUGGGAAACAAGUGCAUAUAGUAAGCCCUCUAACCACAUAUAUGGUUCCUAAACCAGAAGAAAUUAACCUUCUCACUGGAGAAUCUGCAACCCAGCAAAUUGAAGCAGAAAAACAGACCAAUGCCUUAGAUGAGCCUGUCUCACACUGGAGAUCAAGAUUAACAUUGAAUGUGAUGGUUGAUGACUUUGUUUUUGAUGGAGCCUCUCUUCCAGCUGACGUUCAGCGAUAUAUGAAGAUGGUUCAGUUGGGGAAAACCGUGCAUUACCUUCCAAUAUUAUUUAUUGAUCAACUAAGCAACAGAGUGAAAGAUUUAAUGAUAAUUAACCGGUCGACGACACAGCUACCUCUUACAGUGUCAUAUGAUAAAAUAUCCCUUGGGAAGCUCCGAUUUUGGAUCCACAUGCAAGAUGCUGUGUAUUCCCUGCAACAGUUUGGCUUUUCAGAAAAGGAUGCAGAUGAAGUAAAAGGAAUUUUUGUGGAUACUAACCUGUACUUUCUGGCUCUGACAUUUUUUGUAGCAGCAUUUCAUCUUCUUUUUGAUUUCCUGGCAUUCAAGAAUGACAUCAGCUUCUGGAAGAAAAAGAAGAGCAUGAUUGGAAUGUCAACAAAAGCAGUGCUUUGGCGAUGCUUCAGUACUGUGGUGAUAUUUCUGUUCCUCUUGGAUGAACAAACAAGUUUAUUGGUGCUGAUUCCAGCAGGUAUUGGUGCAGUGAUUGAGCUCUGGAAAGUGAAGAAAGCACUGAAAAUGACUGUUAAAUGGAGAGGCAUAAGACCAACAUUUCAGUUUGGUAAAUAUAGUGAAUCUGAAAAGAAAACAGAAGAAUAUGAUACCCAGGCUAUGAAAUACUUGUCCUAUUUAUUGUAUCCACUGUGUAUUGGAGGUGCAGUUUAUUCACUGAUGAAUGUCAAAUAUAAAAGCUGGUAUUCCUGGUUGAUUAACAGCUUUGUCAAUGGGGUAUAUGCUUUUGGAUUCCUGUUUAUGUUGCCCCAGCUAUUUGUAAAUUAUAAGAUGAAAUCAGUUGCACAUUUACCAUGGAAGGCUUUCACAUAUAAAGCAUUCAAUACCUUCAUUGAUGAUAUCUUUGCUUUUAUCAUUACUAUGCCAACAUCUCAUAGACUGGCAUGUUUUAGAGAUGAUGUUGUGUUCCUGGUCUACCUUUACCAAAGAUGGCUUUAUCCCGUGGAUAAGAGCAGAAUGAAUGAAUAUGGAGAAUGUUAUGAAGAAAAGCCGAAAAUCCUUAAAAAAAAAUUAACAUAAUUCUAAACGGUUCUUUCCUUGGACUGCUACUGGCUACUUGUAUUAUCUGGUUUGAAGGAAGAAAUAAGAUUGGAUUGCAAAACAAGAGUAUUUUAAAGUUAUGACAGGACUUCAUGGACAAUACAUCUUCUACAUUGCCAAAAUCUAUUUUUGAUGAUUCUCCAACAUUUCAAAGUUCCCUUUGUUGAUUCCUUGAAGAAGUCUAUCAGUGUGUCUGCCAGAUGUCACUCAAUAGCUAGACUUUUAAAUUUUUCCAUGAAACUUAAAUAUUAAUUUGUCUUUGUUGUUGUGAUGACUCUCUAAAUGUGUUUUUUGAAACAGCUUAGUAACUGGAAGUGUGGUGCCUGCACUGACAAGGGGAUGCUAAGCCAUGAAAACUACAGUAAGCCAGUGGUUAGGUUACAACAGAAUUAAGUGUCACUGCAGAACCACAUACACAUCCAAGUGUGCCACACAAAACCAUGUUCAGCUGACACAGGAUAUGGAAGGUUUGAAGCUGACUGACUUAAGCUAUAUGUAGGCUUUAAAAUAAGCUCACUGCUUCAAAUAUUCUUCCUGGAUGGAAGGGGCAAAUAACCUAAAUGAACAAAAUAUAUGACAAAUAUUUGCCAGCCUUUAAGCCCAUAAUAGGACUUGUAUCUUAAUUUAUUUUUAAAAGGCAGAGGCUUUUCAGUAAGACAAAGGAAAAAAAAUCCAAAAAUUCAUGAGCAUGUGCAGCAAAUGAUUUAUUUUUAGUACAUAUCUAAUGUUGCCUAAACUCUUCUUGCAUUUGCUAGCACAAUACCCUGCAAUUUCCCAUCAAUAUAGGUUUUUAUAUUGGCACGUGAGCCAUUGUGGUAUACCUCUUGUCUAAAUACAUGUUUGCAUGAUAGACACUGUUGUGAUCUAUUGUGCCAAUUCUUUUUCAGGAGAAAUGUUUUCUUGGUUCUCUCGAUUUCUAUAACAUUAACAUGGAAAAAUAAAGCAUAAUGCAUUCAAAUAAUGGGAAGGUAUUUUGUUUGACCCAAUAGAUGCUCAGAAAAUCACCUAUGAAAAUCAGUGCAUAAAAUCGUCUUUUAAAAAUGUGCCUGUUAAGUUAAGCUGUUUACUAAAGUACAUACUUCCAGUAGCAGCAAUGUUGCUUAAAAGGCAGUUUCUGUCUAGCUGUCUAUCAUGUUAUCAGUUUGGGUAUGUGUUAAUCAGAUUUCAAUUCAGCACUUUAGAGAAUGUUUAGACUGUGCUGAAAAGAAUGAACAUUCAAACUGCAGACAAACAGUAUGCAUUUAGAGCCCCUAUUUAUAUGGUUUUAUGAAGCAAAUUUCCAUUUAAUUGGCUAUGCUUGAAAAGACUUAUUGCUUCAUUAGUGGCAAAUAAAAUGUCUGAUUCUGACAAACAGGUUCACUCCUUGGCAAUGCCUUUUGUUUUAAAGAAUAUUUGGCAACUUUUAAUGAACUUAGAUUUUUUUUUCUCCAAAAAAUGUUGCUGGGUUUUGUGUUUUUGUUUUUUAAUUACUCUGUUUUUAUUGGAGUCUGUCAACUUAUUUUAACUUCAAGAUGCCACUAAUUCAAAAUGUAAAUGAUAAAUGAUGAUUUGUUUCAUGAAAUAGCUUUUUACCAUAUCCUAAUGUUAUGGUGGUCCAUAGGCACUUGUUUUGGUUGUUCACGAGAACACAGGAAUAUGCCUGCCUGACUUGUCUCACUGAUGUAAGCAGACCCUUUUAUACCAAUGCAGCAUAAUAAAGGAGCCUAACAAGAGAGAUGAAUUUAACUUGUGCCCAGUUCAAGGCCUCUUUAUACUGGCAGCCAUAUACGGGAGCUUUAACGAAAACAGAAUCAGGCAGUGAGACUAUCAGCAACACUGUGGCAUGUCCAUAAAUAUUGGUAGGAUUGGGACUAUAGUUCAUAUAAACCAUGCAUUUAUUUUAUCCUGAUGCCAGCUACUGCUCUUUGUUAUUAGAGACUUGUCUCAUCUGUUUCAUAAUAAAUGAUAUUUUUAUGUGUUGAAAAUAAUUGUCCUAUUAAAUAAUUUAUUGAAUGUACCCUUUUGUGACAUUUUAAAAUCAAUUUGAGGUGACCUCUGAAAGUCUAACUUACUGUAGUCAGGUACUUUUAAUAUUUCAGCAUUCCUUUUCUGCAUGUAAUUAUUUGAAAAUCAUUCCUUAGUCUUUGUCUUGCCAGGUUUUUUUAUUAUCCUUUGUAACUUUCCAUAUGUUCCAUAACUUUCCGAUCGUGAUAAGUGAUGAAUCAAUCACUUCACGUGCAACGUGGCCAUGCUGAGUAUAAGGUUUGAGGUUUUAAGGCAACAAGGCUUUGUGAAGCUCUAAUGAGUCAAUAAUUUGUUUUCUGCAGUCAUGGUACAAAUAAAGCAUUUAUGUCUGAGA